CACAUCACACUCGCAGACCGCCGCGUCGCCGCCGUCUGUCGACUCACGGCCAAACCCUCUUUCCUGAUUCGGUAUCUGUCGACUCACGGCCAAACCCUCUUUCCUGAUUCGGUACUCAUCCCUACCCAAUUUUUUUUUGAAAGAUAAAACCGAAUUAAAUUGCAAAAACCGAAAAAUCGAACCAUAUUUGAUAUUUCUAUCUUAUUUGAGUUGUGCGCAGUGCGAAGAAUCAUUGUCUACGCUGCACGCGCAGAAAGCAUCGUUUAGAAAAUUGAGGAAUUCUUAAUUGUAAACACUGCAAUAUUAAUUAACAGACGAAACCCUUAACUCCCAACUAUGGUUACCGCUUUUUCUCUUUCCCCACUUUGUUCGCUCAUUCCCUCAGCCCAAAGAUUGGUGGUGAAAAUGUCAGCCACAGCCACAAGGAACACGGGAACUGCGGCCGUGUCCAUAGCCGUGAAGCCGCCGGCUCAUCCCACUUAUGACCUCAAGAGUGUUAUACAGCUUGCGCUGUCUGAGGACGCCGGUGAUCUAGGGGAUGUGACUUGUAAAGCAACGAUUCCUGAUGAAAUGGAAGUGGAAGCCUAUUUUUUGGCAAAGGAGGAUGGUAUUGUGGCUGGUAUUGGACUAGCUGAAAUGGUGUUUAGUGAGGUUGAUCCUUCACUUAAGGUCGAGUGGUACAGAAAAGAUGGGGAUAAUGUACACAAAGGUUUGCAAUUUGGUAAAGUACAUGGAAGAGCACACAGUAUUGUCGUGGCUGAAAGGGUUGUUCUUAACUUUAUGCAGAGGAUGAGUGGAAUAGCAACUCUAACGAAGGCCAUGGCAGAUGCUGCAGAGCCUGCAUACAUUUUGGAGACACGGAAAACUGCUCCAGGCUUAAGAUUAAUGGAUAAAUGGGCGGUUCUAAUAGGUGGAGGUCAGAAUCACAGAAUGGGUUUGUUUGAUAUGGUCAUGAUAAAAGACAAUCACAUAUCUAUAGCUGGAGGUGUCACAAAUGCCCUGAAAUCUGUGGACCUUUAUUUAGAGCAAAAUAAUCUUCAAAUGGGUGUUGAGGUUGAAACAAGGACUUUGGAGGAAGUAACUCAAGUGCUACUCUAUGCAUCCACAACAAAGACAUCCUUGACCAGAAUAAUGCUGGAUAAUAUGGUUGUCCCUUUGUCUAAUGGCGACGUUGAUAUAUCCAUGCUUAAAGAAGCUGUGAAAUUGAUUGAUGGGAGGUUUGAGACUGAGGCAUCUGGAAAUGUCACCCUUGAGACUGUGAAAAAGAUUGGACAGUCAGGGGUCACUUACAUUUCUAGUGGCGCGCUAACACAUUCUGUUAAAGCACUUGAUAUUUCCUUGAAAAUCGAUACGGAGCUUGCACUUGAAGUUGGAAAGCGUACGAAACGAGCAUGAUGGUGUUUCAGGCCAAGUCAUAACAGGUAGAAAAGGUCUUUCAACUGUUGUUGUUUACUAUUGCAAUAGCACGAGAUUACGAGCUCUGGUACAUACUUCCAUGGCAUGGAUUUGUGCACUGCUAUAUUAUACCAAAAAUAAGUGUUACGUGUGCGACUGUUCAAUACCCACUUCGAGUUUGAGCACUAUUAGUAAUUCUACAAUCUUUGUAACCUGAAGGUUCCCAGUGUUGUCAUGAUAUCAAGCUUAGUUGCAAAGCUGAUGGCUAAGAAUAAUUCUCAAUUUAAUGAUUAAGUGCAAUAUUCAUUUUCA